AUGAAUCAAAAGGAAGAUUCGGAUAGAUCUAUCGCUCAUUCUCCGUCUUCCGACAGCCUUGAUUUUGACUUUGAAGUAAUUCAUAGCAAUCUGCAUACAAGCAGUGACAGUGGAACGUUACCAAAUCCCAAUGAACUCCCUGUCCAGCCAGAGGAAUCGGUGUAUUCUUCAAUGCAUGAUUCUACUGACAAACUGGCUAAAUCUAAACUUCAUGAGAGUUUAACCUGCGACCUUUCCCUGAAGAAACCUGAGAACCAAGAUGCAUGUGCUCAAGCAGGAACCUUUUCUGAAUCUGUUUGUACGCCCUCCAUCUCAUUGCUGAAAUUCAGUGGCUCAGACUUGUCCUUCAUUGAAACGAUGGAACAGUGCGAAGGAAAAAACAAAGUGAACGAGGAGAACUUUAAUAGUUUAAAAACCGAGUUCGAUAAAAUUUCGAAGACCUGUGAAGAUUUGUUGCAAAGCAACCUCACAUUGACUAAAGAAGUUGAUUUAAUCACUGAGAAGUUAUCUGCCCUACCCGAUUUCAACAAAUCAAUUAACGAUCUGCUUUCUCAGGAACGGUCCAAACUGGAAAGCAUGGCAUUCAAUCAAGUGCAAUCUCUGAACAGCUUCGAAACGCCGGUAUUGCAGGACUCGAUGAAUCUUGAUAACAUCAAAAGUCAGGAAAAUCCUGAAAUCCCUCUCCUGUCAGUAAUUCAAGCUCAUUGUGAUUCUUUGGAAGAAAUUAUGAAGCAAAACAGGAACAAGUACGAACAAGAACUUAUGAUGAUGAAAAACAAAGAGGAACAGUACUUGGAGAUGCUAAAAGCUCGUGAUGCUGAUAUUGCUGCGCUACGUGAGCAGAUAAAAGACCAUGACUUUGUUUUGAAUUAUGCGGUUAAAGAAGCUCGUUCUGAAGAGCGCUUGCUUGCCGAAAGCGAGAUACAGAGUCUUAUCGAUGGUCGUGUAAAAUCAUCAGAAGACGUCGAAUUGCGAGAGCUUAAAGCUCUGAGAGAUAUGCUCCUUGGGGAUAUUCAACAGAAAGAUAUGUACAUACUGGAUUUGGAAACGGCUAUUCGUGUCAUUCAGAAGGAAGACAUUGAUGGUUUUGGCCAAGUCACGCGCAUUGUAAAUAGUCUUAACCGCAUCAAUGAUAUGCAAAUAUAA